CACAAUCAAACAAUCAACACGGUAUAUAAUUGUUUUUGUUUUUUGUUAACGUUGCUGACAGGCCGAGGAUGAACUGUCUGUUGAUUGGUUUGGUGUGCGUUAGUUUGGGGAUGCUCGUUUCAUCUGAAAAGAAUACAUACCGCCUUGUACACGUUUCCAAUGAAGGUAUUGAGAUUGCUCAAGAUAUAGUUCACGACACCCUGGAAAACACAGUUACCGUCGUUAUUGGAGAUGUUUCGAUGUAUAAAGGUCAUGAAGCAACUGUCAACUUCCAUGACUUCAACACGGGUUAUGUCGCAUUCAAGGACAUUCGUAGACAGCUGUGCCUUUUGUCAAAAGCUCCAGUUCCAUAUGCCACUCCAGAUAUAUAUGCCCAGGGAAGGACAAAUAUGACAUUAGACUUUGACUCAAAGAUCGAUCCUGUUCUGAUGUCACAUGAUGAUGUCAUCAAAAUUGCCGGUGAAAAACUAGCCAAAUUCUGUCAACAUUACCGAACAUACUUCAGAACUCUCAUAGCAAAAGGAAGAUAUCGCAGAGAAAUAUCACUCCGACUAAGACGAUGUCGAUUCGUUUGCGGUGUUUGCUAUGUGCAAGGAAACUAUAUGGAAAUGGAAACGCUCUGAUUGGCAAUUAGAAAGCUAGGUCAACUUUAAGGCCGCGAAUGGAAUCUGCAGCUAAACUUGUAACCAGUUGGAGGUUGUUUGAACCUGGAGGUCAAAGUCAUCUAUGACCAUUAAAUAUUAACGAAG